AUGGAAAAACUCUUGCUCGGACACUUUAAUCGACACAGUAGGCCAGCUACACAUGCUGAACUAGCAGAACUGGCAGAAUUGCUUGGCGAUGAUCAGUGCACUAUGGAUACGGUUUUAGCCGAGCUUGUUCGGACACGACGAAUCCUACUGAAAAGGAUUUCUGUCGAUUCAGAUGCAGAAACUGUUCAAGUAUGCUACUAUCCUGGACAAGCUCCUCCCAACUCCAAACUGGCAAAAAGCAUAGUCAACAAGGUUCCCAAUGGACCAUCUCCAGAAAUUCUAAAACUAAGAUUACAAAAGCAGGAACUGCAGAAACAAGUAGAUGAUCUAGCAGCAUUGAUGCCAGCCGACAUUGAUAUCGAGGUGUUUAUUCAAGAGCAUAUCAAGCGAUUGCAUGACUAUAACGAGAUCAAGGAUAUUGGGCAUGUAUAUUGUAAAACUCGUACAUUGAAAUGUCGCUGCUUUUUAAACUAA